AUGCAUGGGGUUAUAUCACGUUUCGUUGGUCAAUUCAGAUGUGCUCUUAGAAUUCCUGUUAUUUAUACCCUGAGACUACAUCCGUUGUCGACCGGGGUUGGUGAAGGCGAGGCCCUGGGUAGUGAUCUUACAGUUGGGGAGCAGAAGAUCAUUGCCAAGCUUCGUGAAUCAUUUCCUGAUGCUUCUGAUAUUCAAGUAUCUGAUAUCUCUGGCGGUUGUGGUGCCAUGUACCAGAUUUCUAUAGAGGCUCCGGCAUUCACAGGGUUGAAGACUGUUCAACAGCAUAGACUUGUGAAUGAGGCUCUGGCCAAUGAGAUCAAAUCCAUGCAUGGCCUACAGUUGAACACAAAGGCUCCUGACAAGAAAAAGAAAUAA